UCGAGAGUUCCGGUUCCUUUUUCUUUCUCUUUGCGGUCGUCAUUUUGAAGUGAGCGGUUGUAGGUGAGAGCUCCAUUACAAAAAAAUUCAUUUUUGUAGAUAAUUUUGAAUUUUAAUAAUAGUAUUCGUUGAAUUUUUAAACAUUUGUGUACUACAUAUCUAAGUAAUAGGGAGAUUUCUUAUUUUACCUAACUUUUCGAGUUUUAUUGUAAUCGGUAUCAGCUAAUAUGCCUAGAGGUAGAUUCCCAUCGUCUCCUAGAGGAGGUUACAGGGGCAGUUCCAGAGGAAGUUCCAGCCGAGGACUUUCGUCCUGGAAUGGCUCCCCGCGUUCAGGAGGAUAUCCUUCGAGCAGGUAUCCAUCCGCAAUGGAAUCAAGAAAUCCCUAUGAGCCCAAAUAUUCGACUUCAGAGAGAUUUAGAGAAGAAUAUAAGCCUUACAGAGCUGAAUAUAGCACCAGUGUGAUGGUACGGGAAAGAAGAUCCCCUGAACGUAAACGUUUGAGGGUGGAAGCUCCUAGUUCCAGGCAUGAAAGUUACUAUGGUUCGAGUAGACAUGAAGCACCAUAUGAAAGAAGACCAAGUGAACAUCACUCUACAUUGUCAAGAAGGGAAGAGUUCCGUAGGCCUUCUGGACCUCCACCAAAACGCGGUUCUUACCGUGGAAGACUUAGUUCAAGGGGCUCGUCUAGUAUAAGAGCUAGACGAAGUCUAGUUCCUGGAUCAUAUUCUAUUCGCAGGAGAGUUCCACAUAUCUCUGAAUAUGCAAGGAGGCUUAAGAUAGCUAGAAUCAGGAGGGCCAUUGCAAGAAGACAUGCCAUAGAAGAAGCUGAAGCUGAAAAUGGAGAAGUAAAAGUAGAAAUUGAUAGUGGAGCACAAACCACUGAAGAGGGUAAGGAUAAUGAAGAAAGAAAAGAACAAAGCAAAGCUUUUAUCAAACUGCAAUGCCCUCAUUGCCACAUGCGGGCUUUGACUUAUAAGAAAUAUGAAUUGCACUUGGGUAGCCGUACCCAUUCUGUUGCAAUGAGAAGAGUUGCUUUUAAGCAAAAAGCUAUCCUAAAUACAAUGCGCCGUGCUCAGAGAAACACUCAAAAUGAGUUGGAAAAGAAUGCUGAGGAUCUCGACAAUGUAACUACUUACUGUCCUCUAUGCAAAUUGAAUUUCAAGCAAAAGAAAGCUGUGCAUCAAUUAUCUGAAUCACAUGUUAACAUGAAAAAGUUCUUGAUGCCCACUUGCAAAGUUUGUACCCUAUCCUUUAAGAGUCCCAUGUCUUAUGAAAAGCAUUUGUGCUCUGUGGAUCAUAUUAAGCGUAAACAACGAGGAGGUGUUGAUGAUGGUGAUAUAGAGAAUUUCACUACAAUUGAUUCAGUUGGAGAUGAUGAAAAUGCAGAAGGUGGUGAAAGUGUAGGCUUGGACAAAAUCCGUAAAAUUGAAGCCUACUAUUGUGACUUAUGUAAGAUGUAUCUUCAACGAGCAGAUGAAUCUGAUAUGGCUCCUAUUUUGGCUCGUCAUUGUAAACAACGUGUGCAUAUUCAACGUUACAAGGUAGUAAGUAAAAAGGAAGGAGUUAAAGCUGUGCCAAAAACUGAAGACCAAUCUAAAGAAGAGGAUAAAUUGUGGGCUGAUGUUGAUAAAGACCUGGGCGAUAUUUUAGCAGAGGCCCAAGGGAACAAGAGUUCGGAUGAAGAUGAAGAUUCUCGUAUUAACGGUGAGAGAUAUGAUAGGUUUAAACUAAGUGAGAAGGGGGAUGAAGAAGGAGCAGAGAACAAAUUGAUUAUCAAUGACGUAGCUGAAGCUAAAUAAAUAUUAAUUACAUUUGUGUCUUUCGUGUAAGUUAGAAUUUAGGGUACUAUUUAAGGUGUAUAUUAGUACUUAAGGUAUUUGUCUAGUUCAUGUUUACUCGUAAUAUAAUUAUGCAUAUGUAUUUCAUUCCUUUCGAAUACAAUCAAUUUAUGUAUUUUAGUUCGUAAUAAAUGUAUUAAAUGUU